AUGGCCGACAAUGGAGGAACGAUCGACUUCAAAUUGUAUCGCUACAACCCUUCGAUGGCUGCUGCUGUCAUCUUCACCAUCCUCUUUCUUCUCAUAUCAGGAUUACAUUUAUACCAAAUGUUCCGCACCCGGACGUGGAUACUCAUACCGUUUGUCAUCGGCGGCUUCUUCCAAUUUGCUGGCUACAUAGCAAGAACAAUGUCCGCUGCCGAAUCACCCAACUGGACAGUCGGUGCAUACUCCGCUUCCACCAUCCUACUCCUCGUCGCUCCCGCACUGUAUGCCGCAAGCGUAUAUAUGAUGCUCGGUCGCAUCAUCCUCGUUACCGACGGCGAACACCGCUCGAUCAUCCCCAAGCGAUGGCUCACAAAGAUCUUUGUCGUAGGAGAUGUCAUUUCAUUUCUGAUGCAGGGCGCUGGUGGUGGCAUAAUGGCUAGCGGCACAAUCAGCGCACUCCAUACUGGCGAAAACAUCAUCAUCGGCGGUCUCGUAGUUCAAAUUCUCUUCUUCGGCUGCUUCAUGGUGACGAGUGUGCUUUGGCACACUCGAAUGGCCAAGAACCCUACAACCCGAAUCCUCUCCGGAUCUAUACCGUGGGAGAUGCAGCUUUAUUCACUCUAUGCCGCUAGCAUGCUCAUUCUUGUGCGAUCAGUUUUUCGCCUGAUUGAGUAUGCGCAGGGCAACAAUGGUUAUCUGAUCUCCCACGAAGUAUUCCUUUACAUCUUUGAUUCGACCCUCAUGUGGAUUACUAUGGCAAUUCUGGCAUGGAUACAUCCGAGUGAGAUCACGGGGUUGCUGAAAGGCGAAAAGGGAGUCGCAGUGCGCCGUGGUGUGGAAGUAUACGACCUGUGUUAG